UUAUUUAAAACAUGCAAUUUACCUGCCAUUCAUGUGCUUGUAUUAUGCAUACAGUAGUGAGUAAAGCGUUCAGCUUAUGAUGCCUGCUGCACAGCGCCUCUACCGAGGUACGUGUCGUAUACUGUACGCUCACAUAUAUCAGUCAUAAUGACCGAGGCGGAGAAUCAAGCCUGCGGACCAGAGCGAUGGUGACGGAGUACGAGCAAACACUAAAACGACGUGAGCUCGGGCAGUCUCAGAGGGAAAGAAAGAUGUUUGGAGUAAAACCCAGCGACGUUUUAUUCUCCGUUUCCGCGAUAGAGUGCACAGGAGUAGAGUUUAGUUCGGCUUCAUUCAUUGGCGGAGUUUCAAUGAAAAGUCUACAACCUGUCACACGGCACAGAGUCUGACUGUAAACAACAGUCAGUGCUACAGAUAAAUAAAGACACGCUUGAUUUAGCGUUUAUUCUCCGUUUACAGUAGUUUCUCGCUGCGUUUCUAGGCUGUUGGAUUGCUCAGGAUGCAGGUGAAAAAGCAGAGGAGCUCCGAGGACCCUCAGAGGGAUGAUAUGAAGAAAAAGCCCUCAUGUUUCUCAAAUAUUAAGAUAUUUUUAGUGGCGGAAUGUGCGCUAGUGUUGGCACAGGGCACAGUGGGCGCAUACUUGGUGAGCGUGCUGACCACGCUGGAGCGGCGCUUCAAUCUUCAGAGCGCUGAUGUGGGCGUCAUCGCCAGCAGCUUUGAGAUUGGCAACCUGGCCCUCAUUCUCUUCGUUAGUUAUUUUGGUGCUAAAGCCAACCGCCCUCGGUUAAUUGGCUGCGGUGGCAUUGUCAUGGCUUUGGGAGCGCUGCUCUCUGCAUUACCAGAAUUCCUCGCCAGUCAAUACAAGAUCACAGACACAUGGAGCAAGGAUCUGGGGCGAGACGUGUGCUCCAACACCUCUAAAGCUGAUGAACCGUGUGGUAAUAGAGCCAACACCAACAUGAUGUACCUGCUUCUGAUUGGAGCCCAGGUGCUGCUGGGUAUUGGUGCCACACCUGUUCAGCCCCUGGGUGUGUCCUACAUAGACGAUCAUGUGCGGAAGAAAGACUCAUCUCUCUAUAUAGUUGUCAGGGUAACAAGAACAAGACAAAUUUCAUGUUCACAGAAAACAAGAAACACAUCUCAUACAGGUACAGGCAGCAAUUCUUAUCAAAGCACAAAUAUUUCCAAGUCUCAAAGAAAGUGGGCCAUGGUCAGCCUGAACCCACCGUCGUUCUUAUCUGCACUCCUGCAGCCUGAAUGUCACAUUGCACUCAUGUGUUUCUGCACGCUCAGCACUCACAGUAAAAAGCCUUCAUUAGUGGAGCACACGAUGAUGAUUAGAGAUCUCAGAAGCAUCCCUAAGAGACACGUCAGCAUGGCUGCUGCAGUGUUCAACUUCACCCCCUGCCAUCAGCCACGCAUGCUCACAAGCUGA